CCGACCCAAAAAACCCAAAAAGAGUAGACACUCCUUUUCUUCUCGGAAUUUCCUCAAACAAAUGCUAGCCAAUCGUUUUGAUUGGCUGAGCUUUGCCUCUAUACUUCUCUAAACGUUAGCAACCCAGGUGCAGCACAGUAGCUGGGAUCGGAGACCAACUCCAACUGACAAAUGGCCACGUAUCUGUCCGACCAAUUCCUCCGGCCAAUUGCGGGGCUCCAUCCCAAUGCCCGACGAUUCAGCACCCUAAAACCUGCCCGAAUUUCUCACUCACCGUCAAAAGUCUCCGGGAGAGGAAAGCUAACCAACGCUGAAACUGGUCCGAAAUUCAAGUGGGCUCUUAGACUAAGUUUAGCAGAACAAAGCCCACCCAAAUCAACGCUUGACGUGAAUCGGCUAGUGGAUUUCUUAUACGAGGAUCUCCCGCAUCUCUUUGACGAUCAGGGAAUCGAUCGAACGAUGUACGAUGAGCGUGUCCGAUUCCGUGAUCCAAUCACUAAGCACGAUACCAUAGGUGGGUAUCUCUUCAACAUUGCGCUCUUGAAGAAACUUUUCCGGCCGGAGUUUCAGUUGCACUACGUCAAACAGACAGGACCGUAUGAGAUAACAACAAGAUGGACUAUGGUAAUGAGGUUCGUUCUUUUACCUUGGAAACCAGAGCUGAUCUUCACAGGGAUCUCUAUCAUGGGUAUCAAUCCACAGACCCAAAAGUUUUGCAGUCAUGUGGAUCUUUGGGACUCUAUUCAGAAAAAUGAUUACUUUUCUCUAGAAGGUUUGUUGGAUGUAAUGAAGCAGCUGAGGAUUUACAAGACCCCAGACUUGGAAACACCAAAGUAUCAAAUACUUAAAAGAACUGCAAAUUAUGAGGUGCGGAAGUAUUCUCCAUUCAUUGUUGUAGAGGCAAAGGGAGACAAGCUGUCAGGUUCAUCUGGCUUUAAUGAUGUUGCUGGGUAUAUAUUUGGAAAGAAUUCCUCUAUGGAGAAGAUCCCAAUGACUACUCCUGUGUUCACUCAGGCAUUUGAUGCUGAUUUGUCUAAAGUAUCUAUUCAAAUAGUUCUGCCAUUAGAGAAAGACCUGAGCAGUUUGCCAGAUCCAAACAAAGAAGCACUUAGCUUGAGAAAGGUGGAAGGGAGCAUUGUUGCAGUAUUGAAAUUCAGUGGAAAACCAACUGAAGACAUUGUUCGUCGGAAGGAGGAAGCAUUGCGCUCUGCACUUCUUAGUGAUGGUUUCAGACCAAAAGAGGGUUGUUUGCUUGCUAGAUACAAUGAUCCAGGGCGGACAUGGAGUUUCAUAAUGAGAAAUGAGGUGCUGAUAUGGCUUGAAGAUUUCACAAUGGAGUAGUAUGUACUAAAUGCAGCCAUCCUGUGAUUUGAAUUCCAUGCUGAUUGGCUUUGCAUGAAGGUACUGCCAGAGGAUGUUUUCAAGGUACAAACUAAAAAAAAAAAAAGGAGGAAAAGAAAAAGCUGCAGUUUAAGCAUACAGAUAUCAACUGCACCAUUGAAAAUCUCUGAAAUACUUAACAAUCCAAAAUGUAAAGCACUUGAUUCAGUAAAUAUUUUGUAUAGAAAGUAGUUACUUCAGACAUUGUUCCCCUCCCUAAAGAUGAGGGAAGUUUUACAAGGUAUUCAUUGGUAUAGUGUUUGUUUAGGACA